AAAAUUAAAGUGAAAAUGCUGUUGGCAGUCUUUUGCUGUCUUGACUUCAACACAGUAGAGAAUGCUAUAAUGAAAAUGUGGCUGAGUUUUUAAUAUUCUGGAAUUUCAUGACCACCAGCACUUGUUGUGCAGCCAAGAGUGAAGACAUAGUCCAGAAAAGGGAGGUGUAAAGCCACAGGAAGCUAAAGCUGUGUGUAUUUGUGGAUCAGACAAGUGCAGCAAGUUAAUAUCAUUGGCUUCUGAAGGGGAGAGUGAGGUGAUGGCUGCGUUUAAGUUGGAUUUCCUUCCAGAAAUGAUGGUGGAUCAUUGCUCUUUGAAUUCCAGUCCUGUCUCAAAGAAAAUGAACGGCACCCUGGACCACCCAGACCAACCGGAUCUUGAUGCCAUCAAGAUGUUUGUGGGCCAGGUUCCAAGGACCUGGUCUGAGAAGGAUUUGAGGGAACUCUUUGAACAGUAUGGUGCUGUCUAUGAAAUCAAUGUCCUAAGGGAUAGGAGCCAAAACCCUCCUCAGAGCAAAGGGUGCUGUUUUGUUACAUUUUACACCCGCAAAGCUGCAUUAGAAGCGCAGAAUGCUCUUCAUAACAUGAAGGUCCUCCCAGGGAUGCACCACCCUAUACAGAUGAAGCCUGCUGACAGUGAGAAGAAUAAUGCAGUGGAAGACAGGAAGCUGUUUAUUGGUAUGAUUUCCAAGAAGUGCACUGAAAAUGACAUCCGAGUCAUGUUCUCUUCAUUUGGACAGAUUGAAGAAUGCCGGAUAUUACGGGGACCUGAUGGACUGAGCCGAGGUUGUGCAUUUGUGACUUUUACAACAAGAGCCAUGGCACAGACGGCUAUCAAGGCAAUGCACCAAGCACAGACCAUGGAGGGUUGCUCAUCUCCUAUGGUGGUAAAAUUUGCUGAUACGCAGAAGGACAAGGAACAGAAGAGAAUGGCCCAGCAGCUCCAGCAGCAGAUGCAGCAAAUCAGCGCAGCAUCUGUGUGGGGAAACCUUGCUGGUCUAAAUACUCUUGGACCCCAGUAUUUAGCACUUUAUUUGCAGCUCCUUCAGCAGACUGCCUCCUCUGGGAACCUCAACACCCUGAGCAGCCUCCAUCCAAUGGGAGGGUUAAAUGCAAUGCAGUUACAGAAUCUGGCUGCUCUGGCCGCUGCAGCUAGUGCAGCUCAGAACACACCAAGUGGUACCAAUGCUCUUACUACAUCCAGCAGUCCCCUCAGCGUACUCACCAGUUCAGGGUCCUCACCGAGCUCCAGCAGCAGCAGCUCUGUCAACCCCAUUGCCUCCCUUGGAGCCCUGCAGACGUUAGCUGGAGCCACGGCAGGCCUCAAUGUCAGCUCUUUGGCAGGGAUGGCUGCUUUAAAUGGUGGCCUGGGGAGCAGUGGCCUUUCCAACGGCACCGGGAGCACCAUGGAAGCCCUCACGCAGGCCUACUCGGGAAUCCAGCAGUACGCUGCUGCAGCACUCCCCACUCUGUACAACCAGAACCUGUUGACACAGCAGAGUAUUGGCGCUGCUGGAAGCCAGAAGGAAGGUCCAGAGGGAGCCAACCUGUUCAUCUACCACCUGCCCCAGGAGUUUGGAGAUCAGGACUUGCUGCAGAUGUUUAUGCCCUUUGGGAAUGUCGUGUCUGCCAAGGUUUUCAUAGACAAGCAGACAAACCUGAGCAAGUGUUUUGGUUUUGUAAGUUACGACAAUCCUGUUUCGGCUCAAGCUGCCAUCCAGUCCAUGAACGGCUUUCAGAUUGGCAUGAAACGGCUCAAAGUGCAGCUCAAACGUUCGAAGAAUGACAGCAAGCCCUACUGAGCGUGCUCCCCUCUGAGACUGGAGUGAGAGGGUCUUCUGGCACAGCUUGCCCUGAAGACUCGGCUACUGCCUUCUGUGGGAGUUUCGCUUCGUACAGAGGACGAGUUUGUGCUUUGGUUUCCAGUGUUUUACUUUGGAGUUUAGGUGCCAUAUCCUGAGUUUUUUUCUUUAUUUAAAGUUUGCUGUGUUUGUAACCAGUGUGUGUUGAGAAGGACCAACAUCAAACCGCCCUGGGGGAGGAGGGGGAAUGGAGAAACAUUAAAAAAGAAGAUCAGAGCUUUCCCCAAACUGCCCCGAGUGAGAGGACUGAGUGAAACCAAAAACUGACCCCAGAAUCUACCUUAGUGCAAGAGUGGGUGGAAUGAGAACUGGCACCCAAGAGCCUUCGGGGGUGGAGGCAGAGCUGCCUUUGGAGGUGAGGAGAGUUGACCCACACCCAGUGGCCCCGGGAGCUGGAGGCUGAAGCACUUCCCUCGCUGCCUGCUGAGUUCUUGCCGCCUAUUUUUCAGAUUCUUGUGCAAGAUUCCUGCUCCUCUUUCCCAAGAAGGGAGGACAGUUCUUUGGGAAUAAAGGACCUGUUAAAUUAGCCUGACAUGCAAAAAGCAGGGAGACAUCACCCAUUACCAGCUUUUUUAGCCACCCAUUGGUGUUGGGUUGGCUCUGCCUGGCUGGUGGCUGGCUGUUAGGAAGAAGAGAGGUCUAGUCUCAUCUAGUCAGAGAGGUCGUUUUUAGUUUAUUUCAACACUACAUGGCCCAUUUCUAACAGGCCCUUUAAAUAAGGCCUCGAGAGAAGACACUGUCUGGUUUCCUUCCUUGUAGUUGACCACAGCAGAGAGUGUGUCACUUCCAUCCCAAGGCAGUUUUCUCUUGAGGGUAAAUCCAAGAAGGGCUUAUGGUAUGUAGCUGAAGGGGGCACCUCUCCUGAGCAGAGUGAUCAGAAGCCAUUGUGUUAGGGGAGGAGGAGGAGGAGCCUGCUUCUUGGUGGACCUGAAUCGGAAGGGCUCUUUAAGCCAGAGUGCUGCAUUCCUCUGUGGCCAGCACUUAACUACUUAGAAGAAUGAGAAAUCUGCACUUGCUUCCUUCGUUGAGGGGUCCAGCUGUAGUACUCCCCCCCAAAGGCAAGCCUCUCUACUAACCACUGCAGCCCCUUCUGCUCUUGGGGACAGAGGAGACUGCAGGACAUUUGCAGCCUCCAGAUGGAUUUCGUGUUCAUUUACCUCAGUAUUACCAUGUUCAUUUUUGUCCUCGUGCUUACAGUUAGCUCCCUGCUGCCUCCCACAGGUCUUACUCCAGCUCUUACCUGUGACCCACACAGCCUCUGGGCCCUGCCUCUGCUCCAAGAAAUGCUGUGGGGGUGGAGAGCCAGAAAGGACGUGCUGUUGGGAAUGUGCACCUGGGCAGAGGUAGCCCUUUUGGGAUCUGACUCAUAGCGAAGGCCGGGGAACUGGGUCCUCGCAAUCUUCAACCUCACAAACAUCAGUCCUGACCCCUAGCAGUAGAGAUGAGACUAAGGGGGUUGGUUUGGUAUUAAGUCAGAUGGGGGGCUCUCUCCUUGUCAUGCUGUCCAUUUGGGUCACAGACAGGGAUUGACCAUCUUGCUGUUGUACAGGUAGUUUGGUGGUGUUGGAUUAUCCCAUUGAAGCAGGGACAGCUGUUCCCUUCUCAUAGUGAUAUCUUGGGUCUGUUGUCCUCUAAGAGACGUGAAACAUACUUCUUAAGCUGAACCACGUAAACUUGAAUUCCGCGCACUGGGAGAAAUGUGUCCUGUGUUUCAAGGAUAAAACUGUUCCAAAGGCUUCCAGGGUCAUGAUGGGAUUUUUUAAAUAAAUGCAAAAAAUAAAAAUAAAAAAGAAAAAAGAAAAAAAGAAAAAAAUGCUAGGUUGGGGAGGCGCUGUUCUGAAUCCCAACCGGCUGGAACCAAGAAUGUCGUUUCUAUUUUUAUAGAAGUUUUAUACAGCUCCGGGGUGGAGAAUAUUUAUUACCUAAAUUAUAUCUCUGGAAAAGGCCAGGAUUUUGUAGAAUCCAGAAUGUGAUUGUUGUACACACAGGGUGCUGUGUAUGAUUGAAACUACUGACUCUCUGUGGCCCGUUUGCAGCCCAGCUAAUAAUCUGCCAGAGGGGAAGGAGUUAAUGCUGUGAAUUGGCAGAGGAGAGAGCUGUGCUCCCCAGGGUGCUGCCGGUGCUGCGAUAGUUGACCUUCUGUUCUGUCUUCCUCCUUGGCCAUCGUGGGGUUUUCCAAAGCCCAGAAUUCCACUCCCAUCCCCCUCCUCCCCCAUUCCGCUAUUAUUUAUCCUGGGCUCUGGGAUCUUAUGAAACGGCUUUUCAAAUAACAUGAAAGGCAAAGGUGCAAUCAGCCGGCCUUUGAUAGCAAACCCAGAGGUUUCAUACCUGUUUGUGGGGUUCUCUUUUCUAAAAGGAGUGUGUGCCGCAGCAGGGCCCUGGGCUGCCAUAGCGGCCAGCUGGUGAGACCAGGCACUUCUCUCUGUUCUCCUUUCCCCUGCCCAGUGAGUGAGCGUAGUAGCACUGCCCUUGAGCACAGUUCUCUCCCCAGGCCAAAGAUGGUUUGUGAAGAAGCUGCUCCCCUGCAAGUCUCGUGGUGUGGAAGGGUUCAGCUCGGAGAGUGGAGACUAGCAGUCAAGUCUUAAGCAAUCCUUUUCUGUUGUGUGGGGGUUUCACUUACAUAAAUGUGUUUUCUGCCUAUAGUUUUGUUCCUUGCUUGGGUUUCAUCAUGAAAUUGAUUUGCCUUGAAUGCAGCCAGAUACUGUCUCCUGGGUCCCACAUGAGUGGCCAGGGCCUGCAUGGAAGCUAAGAGCUUGGAUUUCUGGAAACAAAAGGCCAUCCCAUAGAACUGAGGAGAAAUCCUGGCCCUCUCCCCUAGAGAGUUUCCCCCACCCCAGCCAUUGUCUUCUACUUUCUCCUGGGUUUGAGGAGGGGAGAGGCCGGAGCUCUGCUCCACCAGAGACCUAUCUUCUCCCCCUACGGACUUGUUUGGGCGCCUCAGGGGAAAUCCAAGCCUUAGGUUCCCUUCUGUCUCUGGCAGUUGGAUGUUUUCUUGGUGUCCUCCAUGUCCUUUUUGACUUUUCCCUGUGUCCAUUGUUAGCAUGUGCAAAAGUUCCCUGUCAUUACCCAGCCCCCGCCCCGCCCGCCUCCUCAUUUCAGGGCUGUACACAGUGAGUGUUCCUUUCCUCUCUCUCUCUCUCUGUUUGGAUGUAUUGCUCUGUGUAACUCAGUGGGUCUCCCUCUUUCUGGUUUGUUUUUUUUUCUAGAUUCCUGCCGUUUGUUCAUCGUUGUGCCUAAAGCAUGUCGAUGUGGCGUCAAGUACAUCGUCCAAAUCCCUGUCUCUUCAGCUUCUCUGAUGCUUGAACUCUCACCUUUGACCUUGUGUUGACCUUUGAUGCUGACGUGUAUUUUUAUUAUGUUUGUUUCUUUCUUUGUUAUUUCUUUUUUUCUUUUCCUUUUUUUUUUUCUUUUGUGCUGCCAAAUUGGUUUUGCUAGAACGACUGCUGAAGGGGAAAUAUUUAAACUUGCAUUUGAAUAUAAAAAAAAAAUCUAUUUUUCUAGAACUUCAUAAGAUAACCACUUGAUUUUGUGAUUCCAAUUCUUUGUAACUGUCUUCAGAGCAGCCCUACUAGCACAUACCGCGUGGUGUUUGUAUUUCUGUGAACACACAGCCAGUCCGUUUCUAGGCUUUGUUUCUCUGUGUGCUUAGUUUUAAAGACAACUUUGAAGUAAACAAUGAAAUAAAAGAUGUCACUAAAACCUUU